AUGGCGGACCAGCUGGCUGGAACGCUGGCCGCGUUGGACCUGAAUGAUCAGAGUCUGACUGGGCCAGCAUUUGAUGCACAGCUUGCUGAAGAGGAAAGUGGAACGCAUAGGAACCGUGGGCCUCGACAAAGACCAGUGCAGAGUGCUACGCAUCUCAAAGCUGAGUUGGAGGAUGAUUUUCUGACUCCGUCUCCGCGGUUCAGCCCCGAAUGGCUCAACCGUCUUCAAAGGCGAUGGGAUAUUUCAACCGAUUACACAGACCUUUUCGAGGUCGCUCCCACUCAAACCCGGACUGUCGUUCGGUUCACUCGCGAAGGCCUAGAAGGUCGAGUUACCGGCUACCAUGAAGUUACGGUCCCGGCAGCGGUUGCAAAUGCCAAGAACUCUACUUCUCUACUUCGUCGGCCUGCUGGGCGUGCGGAAUUCGUGAGGGGCGCGGCGGGGUUCUUCCCUUUUGCACCAGGUGGGCUGGAUGGCGUUGAAGCCAUUGCUGAGAUGGAAUCUGAAGCCCAGGCCGUAGAACGCUCACGAGUUGGUGCCAAGCAAUCAGGACUAGAUCGUAUCAUUAAUUUUGGAGCGGAGGGUGGUCUACUGGAGAUAGCCCCAGGCUUUUCUCGGGGGUUGGUAUUCGAAGAAACAAAGUCCAAGGAAGCCGUGGAAGGUGACAAGGAAGUCGAGCAUGAUCUUCAACAAGAGGAAAGCGAACUACAUGUCGAGAAGGACGACGACGCUGUGUCAGAUAUUGGAGGUGUGAAGAUUGACGACGACGAGCUCAGCGGCGAGGAGGAGGACAUUGAUUCUCUUUUGCCUGUUGAAUUCCCUGCUUUGGAACCUAGGGCACCAUUGCUCAGGGGUGUCAAACAAAAACAAGGUGGCCGGGAAUGGGCUCAUGUCGUUGAUGUCAACAAACAUAUCCCGAACUUCCAUGAGCUUGUUCCAGAUAUGGCUAGGGAGUGGCCGUUCGAGCUGGACACUUUCCAAAAGGAAGCUGUAUACCAUCUUGAGAACGGUGACUCAGUCUUUGUCGCUGCCCACACAUCAGCGGGUAAAACUGUGGUCGCUGAAUAUGCUAUUGCCCUGGCCUCAAAACACAUGACAAAAGCCAUCUAUACAUCUCCGAUUAAAGCCCUGAGCAAUCAAAAGUUCAGAGACUUCAGGACCGAAUUUGACGACGUCGGAAUCCUGACAGGUGAUGUUCAGAUCAACCCGGAGGCUAGCUGUUUGAUCAUGACGACGGAGAUCUUGCGAAGCAUGCUCUACCGAGGUGCAGAUUUGAUCCGAGACGUCGAGUUCGUGAUCUUUGACGAGGUGCACUAUGUCAACGAUCUUGAAAGAGGAGUUGUGUGGGAAGAAGUCAUUAUCAUGCUUCCCGAGCAUGUUACUCUGAUCCUGCUCUCGGCUACAGUUCCAAACACUUACGAAUUUGCCUCCUGGGUAGGCCGUACGAAGAAGAAGGAUAUCUACGUGAUAUCGACUGCAAAACGACCUGUUCCUUUGGAACACUAUCUCUGGGCAGGCAAAGACAAAUACAAGAUUGUCGACUCCAACAAGCGUUUCAUUGAAAGUGGCUGGAAGGAAGCGGAUAACAUCGUUUCUGGUAGGGACAAGAUCAAAGCUCAAAAAGCCGCCGAAGCUCAAGCCCAGAGCCAAGCACAACGCGGAGGACAGCAGGGUCGUGGGCGAGGACAAGCUCCCGGAAGAGGGGGUGCUCGUGGGAACGCUCAACGCGGCGGUGCACCCCGAGGCAGAGGCCAACCCGCAAACAGGGGGACUGGAAACAUUGCCCGUACAGGACGAGGUGGAGGACGGACCACUGCUGCUCAGGAUAAGACUAUCUGGGUACAGCUUGUGGGACACCUUCGCAAAGAGAAUCUGCUUCCUGGUUGUAUCUUCGUCUUCUCAAAGAAGAGAUGUGAGGAGAAUGCCGACUCACUGUCGAACCAAGACUUCUGCAAUGCUACUGAGAAGAGUCUGAUUCACAUGUUCAUUGAGAAAUCACUGACCCGACUCAAGGCAGAGGACAGAACACUACCGCAGAUCCUUCGGCUCCGCGAAUUGCUGAGCAGAGGUAUUGCUGUCCACCAUGGUGGUCUAUUGCCGAUCAUGAAAGAGAUUGUUGAAAUUCUGUUCGCCAAGUCAUUGGUCAAAAUCCUAUUUGCUACGGAGACCUUCGCCAUGGGUCUCAAUCUUCCCACACGGACGGUCGUCUUCUCUGGAUUCCGCAAGCAUGAUGGUAGAGGAUUCAGGGACUUGCUGCCAGGCGAAUACACUCAGAUGGCCGGACGUGCAGGGCGGAGAGGUCUCGAUACUGUUGGUUACGUUAUCAUCGUGAAUGCUGGUAGAGACGAGGCGCCUCCUGCUGGUGCAUUGAGAAAGAUGAUUCUUGGUGACCCGACGAAGCUUCGGUCUCAGUUCAGACUUACAUACAACAUGAUACUGAAUCUUUUGCGAGUAGAAGCGUUGAAGAUUGAGGAGAUGAUCAAGCGAAGCUUCAGUGAGAACGCCACGCAGGCUCUGCUGCCGGAGCAUGAGAAGCAGGUUCAACUCUCAGAAGCAAGUCUAGCAAAGAUCAAGCGCGAGCCUUGCGAUAUUUGUGAUAUUGAUCUCGUGGCUUGUCACGGUGCAGCGAUUGAGUAUGAGAAGCUAACCAGCGAGCUCCAUGUGGGUUUGCUAGCCUCACCGGUUGGCAAGCGUCUCUUCAUGCCGAAACGGCUUAUUGUGUAUCAGAAGGAUGGAUAUCGUACGGCAGGUAUCAUUGUUCGGGAAGGAAUCGGCGGAGGCGCCAGUCCUAGCAUACAGGUCCUUGAGAUCGGCAAACUGGGUAGCAGGCGCCAUCCUAGCGAUAUUCUGCCAUUCCUUCCAGGCUUCCGUCAUUUGCUACAAUCGCUGCCAAAACGUGCAGCUGAUAUGAACUUAAAAGUGUGCAAGAUCCCACUCUCUGAUCUCGAGUGUAUCACCAAUACAAUGGUCAAGUUGGGCGGCCCGACAUGGUACCUGAACAUCAGAAAAGAGGCAAUGAAAUUUGCGGACAAGGAGCUUGCCAAACUGUGUGCUUCCUGGACGAGCCCAGUAUGGGACGAAAUGGAUUGGGGCCGGAUUAAAGAACUCCAAGUAAGAGACAUACUGGAGAAACGACAGGCCCAAGCUGCUAUCGCUCAGUCUUGCCGCUGCUUACAAUGCCCGACUUUCCUGAAACACUUUGAGAUGCAACAUGAUGAAUGGCAAGUAAAGGAGAACAUCUCACAGCUGAAACAGCUCAUGUCGGAUCAGAACCUGCAACUUCUACCGGACUACGAGCAGCGCAUCCAGGUCUUGAGAGACCUCGGCUUCAUUGACGAGCAAUCUCGCGUCCAGCUUAAGGGCAAGGUCGCAUGUGAGAUUCACUCGGCUGACGAGCUUGUUCUCACGGAAUUGGUUCUCGAGAACGUUCUGGCUGAAUUUGAGCCCGAGGAAAUUGUUGCACUCUUGUCCGCGUUUGUCUUCCAGGAGAAGACUGAGAACGUCCCCACCUUGACUCCUCGUCUAGAGAAAGGCAAGGAGGCGAUCAUCCGAAUCGCCGAGAAAGUGAACGAUCUUCAGAUCCAGUAUCAGGUCAUUCAGUCGAGCGAAGACAGCAAUGACUUCGCCAGUCAGCCCCGUUUUGGCUUGGCGGAGGUGGUCUACGAAUGGGCCAAAGGCAUGUCCUUUAACCGCAUCACAGAUCUAACGGAUGUCAUGGAAGGCACUAUCGUUCGAACGAUCACUCGGCUGGAUGAAACCUGUCGUGAAGUGAAGAACGCAGCCAAGUUGGUUGGCGACCCGACUCUGUACACGAAGAUGCAACAGGCGCAGGAACUGAUCAAGCGCGAUGUCAUCUUCGCAGCGUCUUUGUAUAUGUAG